GCCGUGCUGUAAAGUCCAAUGACGAUGUAAUACACGGAUUCUGUACCUGUUUCUGUAAUAAGAAUGGAUACCUGGACUAGACUACUUACCCUUCUCCUGGUUGUGAAAGCUGUUAACACACUGCGGAUCUUGAAACUCGUUGUUCCACAGACCGUGCAGUCGGGUGAAGCAGUGGAGCUGACAUGCGCAUACGACCUGGAGGGAGAUAACCUCUACUCGAUUAAAUGGUACCGUGACGACAUGGAGUUUUUCCGGUUUGUGCCCAGAGACAACCCACCUUGGCAAUUCUUUCCAUUGAAAGGGAUUAAAGUGGACUUUACUCGCUCCAGCCAACAGUCUGUGUACAUCCAAAAUGUUCAGACGAAUACUGGAGGAAAGUUUAGGUGUGAAGUAUCCGCAGAUGCUCCGUUAUUUAGAACAGCGGCGGCUGAAAAAGUCAUGUCUGUAGAAGAGUUCACUGGAACCGCCAGCGGUCUUCUACAUCCAUCAGAUGGAGCUGGUGUCUUACUGCUUGUUCUCGGCUGUAUGUUAAACGUAUAUCUGACUUACAAAUUAGGAUGACUUUCUUUUAUUUUUACGAGCAAAAUUAAAACUAACUGUAGUUAGACCAAAAAUGGUAAAUUGCUUUGUGGGUGACUUUAAAACAGAACACGCAAAUCGCUUUUUCUAGGUGUGGUGCUGUUUCUCAGAAGAGAAGAACUCGAGUAUCAGCUGUUUUACGUGAUUAUUAGGACAGGCUAGUGAUCAUAUGAAGAAAGAUUUCCAUGUUUUGAAUAAAUCAGCGAGUUUUUGACAUUAAAUCACAUAUUGAACUUUGCUUUAGAAACAUUUUGCGUAUCUUACUAAUUGGUUAAUGUAGGAUCACCUUGAGAAACGUGAGUGUUUGGAUACUGAACGAUCAUUUAAUUUGAAAAAACUUGUUAUCUAUAAACGUGUGAGUUGUUGCUACAGUUGGUUGUAUUGUGUGUGUGGCGAGGUAAACUCUUUUAAUCUAUUAGCUGUUAAUUGCAGUUAUCAUAUGUUAUAUUUAAGCAGAAUUUGAAUUUUGUUCGGUAAUGUGAAAGUUGUAAAUGCAUGUCUUUUUUCCCCUUUCUCAAACAUUUAUCCAACAAGGAUUUAAACGAGCGUUGGCUAAGAAACAUUGGCAUACGUAUUGAAACAUAGAUAAACGACAUUGACUUAAACUCAAAUAAGCAGUUUAUAUUAACCAAUAAAAUAAUGCUUUGAAAGUUAAAGUUUAAAAGCCGAUAGCCGACGAAUCUUUAGAAACAAAUAGGCCUGAAAUCUGUGAUAAAUAUCACGCAAUUUGAAGCCCAACCCUCGAGUAUUUAACGAAAGGCCUUUACGGCAGUGACUUGUGAGAGACAAAAUAUUGAUCUGACCAGCUAUUUUUACACGCUUCUGAAUUUAAACAUAUAAUCGACAAAUUAAUAAAACUCAUCUGCAGUUUACAUAAUAAUUAUCUCAGAAUUUAGGCCUAAACACUAAUAUUAUCUAUAUUUAAAUAAAGGUUACCUAGUGACGGAAGAUGAGGGAGAGGUAUCAUCUUCUUGCACCCUCAGCGGGACUGCUCUACCCUUGGAAUCAAUAAUACUUAUUAAUAUCUGUACUAGAAACUCGAUUUAUAAUAUAAGACAGUUCAAGUAAGCACUUAAGUUUCUAUUUAAGAUAUUUCAACAUCGUGGA